AUGAUCGAUACGCCCGGAUUCGAUGAUACGAACCGCUCAGACAUCGACACGCUGAAAACCUUAUCAAGCUACCUGAGCGCAUCCAUCGCAAACGGUAUACGCAUCAGUGGCAUUAUCUUCUUGCACCGUAUAUCAGAUAAUCGAUUGGGUAACACUGGUUUCCGGAACUUGCGCAUGUUCAAGAAGCUCUCUGGCACGAGUACGUGGCCAAACACAGUCAUUGGAACUACUAUGUGGCAGACUAACGAGUACGAGGAUGGUGAACGGCGCGAGAGAGAACUCAUGGGCAAUGUCAAUUACUUUGGCGACAUGCUGUCUCGAGGUGCAAAGCUUUUUAGAAUUGCAGAGCAUGGAACAGGUGUGGAUGAGCAAAGACACUCAGUACUGCGUAUUGUGUCGUACCUAGUCCAACGAAUGAGUGAUCUACCUGCGGUUGAGCUUGAGAUUCAGCGUGAGUUAGUUCUUGAAGGGAAAACUCUUGAUGCCACCGCGGCUGGUAGAGAGGCCCUGGGGGACCUCUAUCAUCUACAGCAACAGCUUGCUCGCCAGCUCGAAGAUGCCCAACGAGAAAUGCAAGAGGCAAUAACCCAUCACGAUACGGAACAUGCGCAGCAACUUCGAGCUCUGGAAGAGGACUGCGAGCGACAAAUCCAAGACUCAAAGAGAGAGCAGGAGAAGUUGAAUUUAUCCCUAAUGGAAAUGCACGAGGAGGAAAUGGAGAGAGUACAGAUGAAACUAGAUGAUUUAGAACACGAACAUCAAGCUCUACUUGCGAGAAAACGACGGGAGCUUCAAGAUAUGGAGGAUUCACAGGUGCUUAUGCGUGAGCAAUUCGCGAUCGACGCAGCGCGAUGGGAGAAACAAUGUCUAGAUGCGGCGACUCUGCAGAAGAAGCGGCGCGCGCACGAUGAACUAGAUCGAGAAUGCAAACAAUCUGUUGCGAAAAGUAGACAUGAAGCAGCUCAACAAGAGACCCAAAUACGAUCGAUACGUAAAGCAAGGGGCGCCAUGCGGCACAAUGUCGCGAAUGGUAUGUCGAGUGGUGUGGCGAACGGCGUUACAACAGCGCUCACGACCGCAUUGGGAGCAGCAGGUAGGAUAUCCUGUGCGUCAUUCCUUAUUAGUACACAAACUUAA